AUGGAUGUCGGAAGCCUCGAGGGGGCGCUUACCCCCGCAUCAAUUUAUCGCAUACCAGUCGAAGUCCUGGAGGAUAUCUUCGCUUGGCUAGCUCUCGUGGAUGCCAUCGGAGACUUGGAGGCGUACUCAGAUCAUGAGGAGACGGACAUAGAUGAAGAAAGCGAAGAGGAAAUAGAAGAUAACGAAGGCGAUGGAUCGUCGGAAACGGAUUCGGAGUACAGCUACGUCUCGGAACCAGACCUGCCUUUACGCCUGUCCUGGGGUUGCGGGCGUGUAGCCCAUGUCUGCAGAUUGUGGCGAGCGGUUGCGCUAGCGAUGCCAUCUUUAUGGACCACUAUACCCACACAUCUUCCCUUGAAGUGGCUUGUAGAGCUUGUGCGCAGAAGCGGGCAAGCACCCCUUGACCUCAUUGGUGCCGACUGCACAUCUCUCGGACUCACCGUCCUCCUUCGGAGCUGCGCGGACCGCAUCCGCAGCAUUGAAGCAGAGGUCCACUGCGAGGACUGGUGGUACACAGACCUCCUGAAUGUUCAGCGGUAUCCUGCCGUCACAGAGUUGAGCGUCUAUGGCGAUCUGCACGAGCACGCCAUAACUCUGGAGGAUUUGCUAUCCCGCGUGUCGUUGCCGACAGUGCUUCGUGUUGACAUGUCUGUCGCAUGCCAGUUACCGCCACCCAACGUCACGGCGAACCUUACGGAGAUCAGGCUGAUACAUGGUCCUUAUUCGGCCCCGAACUAUUGGUUCGGCAUCGAUGCCUUCACGACUUUCAUGUCGAGUAUCCCUCGCAUAGAGAAGUUGCAUCUGGCUGGAUGCCUGCCCGCUCUGAACGCGACGGUCGCGCCCAUGCUGGAGCGCUUAGAGCUUCCCCGCUUGCAAGACCUCACUCUUGUUGAGACGGGAAACACCAUGUCGAUCAUCACUUUCCUUGAUUCAGUCCAUCUCCCAAUAUCUGCGGUCGUGAACGUUAUCGGUUCAGUGGAAGCACGGGUGAUUGAGCAACCUGCAGUCAACAGCGAUGCGGGACCAAUUUCUCUUGGUCUCGACGGCCUUUUCGUUCAUGGACGACCCGAGUCGUCAAUAAGGACCCUCGCAAUAGUCCAAGGAGCCGAACCUCGACGCGGUAUCGACAUACAUGGCUGGCGUGAGAGCGAGUAUAGCGCAGAUGGCUUGCCCAACUUCCGCACGGCAGACACAGCGAUGCCUCAUGGACAUGAGGGAUUAUUCAUAGAGGGGUCGACGAAUGUCGGAGACGUUUCCAUCCGGUAUCAGUGCCGAUGCGAUCUAGAGGAAGAUCUCUCGAAGAGGUGGAUCUUGUUCAAUCAGCCCGUGCAGGUCUUUGCAAAUAUCUCUACCCUCUCGCUUCUCCUGAAAGGCGCGCCAUGCUCAGCACUAGACUCGCUUGAUGGAGGUCUAUUGUCUCUGCUCGUCGCAGCACGACAGGUUAAGCACCUACGUCUUGCCGCGUAUGGCCCUUCCCCGAAGCAUGCCACCGCGGCAACACUGCUAUCCGCUUUACACGAGCUCAAUGAGAGUCCAAUCGCGGGGGAACCGCCACACUGGAGAAUCAUGCCCACUCUACAGACGUUGACCAUUCAGAACAUGAGUCCGCAUACCGCAGUAGACCCAGGAUACACAGUACUCGACGUUCUUCGGAAGGUUGUGUACGGGCGUCUGCAUAUGGGUGGCACACUACACACCGUAAUCUUCCACAAUUGGAUGCGUCACGACGAUAACAGGCUAUGGCGGGAAGGAAUGGCUGAUAUGAAUAUCCGUAUUAUUUACGAGAUUCGCAUGCAUCGCGCGCAGAGAUAG